GACAGAAACCCGCCGGAGAGCCGCGGCAGCGGUGGGGCUGCGCCGAGCACGGCCCCGUUCCUCUCACGCCUUGGCUUCUCGCAGCCUGACGCGCCACCGCCGUUAGCUGCGGGUCGAGCCGCAGCAGCAGAGCCGGCGCCGUCCCCUCAACGGGGCGGAGGGGCCGGGGCGGGCUGCAGGGGAGCCGCGAGGCGCCGGCAAUGUGGAUUUAUAUUCGCCCGCGCCGUAGCCGCCGGGGAGCGGGGCGCGGGCACCGCACCUAGAGGCGAUGGGAGUAAGCCGUCGGCGGGGCUGAGCCGGGGCGCUGCUGAAAGUUCAGCCGGUGGCCGCGCUCGGGCUCUGUCUCAUCGUGUCGAGCCCUUCUGUUUCAUGAAGUCCAGCGAAUUGAAAUCUACACAGUUCUGCUUUCAGCUGCUUUUUCACAACUUUGAUCUUGCCCAUCACCAGCCUCCCCUUAUAGUCUCUCCCAGAGUGUAAUGUAAUAGCAGAAGCUCAGAUUUAAGCAUUUAAGAGAGCAGUGUUCUUCACAAGAUCAACGACUAUUUCCUUAAGGAGUUCCAGUUGCUUGUUUUCAUGACUUUGAGCCUAUUUGAUCAGAGAUGGAGCAGAUGGACUGCAAACCCUACCAGCCGCUGUCAAAAGUGAAACAUGAAGUGGAUCUAACUUACACAAGUUCUUCAGAUGAAAGUGAAGAUGGGGGAAAGCAAAGGCAAUCCUAUGACUCAAGAGAAACUCUGAAUGAAUAUAGCCAAGAGCUACGACUUAAUUAUAAUAGUCAUAGCAGAAAAAGAAAAAACAUUGACCAGUCCACACAAGACAUGGAAUUCUGUGAGACUCCCCAUAUUCUGUGCUCUGGCUAUCAAACAGAGUUACAUGGUGUAGCUGAGCACAGUUACCCACUAGAGGCGGGCUCAGAUGUGGAUACUGAAACAGAAGGUGGUGCAUCCCCGGAACAUGCCCUGAGGAUGUGGAUGAGGGGGAUGAAAUCAGAACACAGCUCCUGUUUGUCAAGCCGGGCAAACUCAGCAUUGUCCCUCACUGACACUGACCAUGAAAGGAAGUCUGAUGGGGAGAAUGAUAUGCCAGGUAGUCCACAUAACCAGUUCACCUUCAGACCCCUCCCGCCACCGCCUCCACCACCCCACGCAUGCACUUGUGCCAGAAAACCACCUCCAACAGCUGACUCUCUGCAGAGAAGAUCAAUGACCACCCGCAGCCAGCCCAGUCCUGCUGCCCCCACUCCCCCCACCAGCACCCAAGAUUCCGUGCAUCUCCAUAACAGCUGGGUCUUAAACAGCAACAUCCCGUUGGAAACCAGGCAUUUCCUAUUUAAACAUGGAUCUGGGUCUUCAGCUAUCUUCAGCGCAGCCAGUCAGAACUAUCCUUUAACAUCCAAUACUGUUUACUCUCCACCUCCUAGGCCUCUUCCUAGAAGUACCUUUUCCAGACCUGCCUUCACUUUUAACAAACCUUACAGGUGUUGCAACUGGAAGUGCACUGCUUUGAGUGCUACUGCCAUUACAGUUACCCUGGCACUGUUGCUAGCCUACGUUAUCGCAGUACACUUGUUUGGUUUAACCUGGCAACUACAGCCUGUUGAAGGGCAGCUGUAUGAAAAUGGAGUCAGUAAAGGAAAUAAAGGAACAGAAUCCAUGGAUACUACUUACUCACCAAUUGGAGGAAAAGUUUCUGAUAAAACAGAAAAAAAAGUGUUUCAGAAGGGACGGGCCAUAGACACAGGAGAAGUUGAGAUUGGAGCACAAGUUAUGCAGACGAUCCCCCCUGGUUUAUUCUGGCGCUUUCAGAUUACUAUACAUCACCCCAUGUACCUGAAAUUUAACAUUUCACUGGCGAAGGAUUCUCUGCUGGGAAUUUAUGGCAGAAGAAACAUUCCCCCUACUCACACUCAGUUUGAUUUUGUAAAACUGAUGGAUGGAAAACAGUUAAUUAAACAGGAGCAAAAAACCUCAGAGGAGACUCAACAAGCUCCGAGAAAUCUGAUCUUAACUUCACUGCAAGAGACAGGUUUCAUUGAGUAUAUGGAUCAGGGAGCUUGGCAUAUGGCAUUCUACAAUGAUGGAAAGAAAGUGGAGCAAGUAUUUGUACUAACUACUGCGAUUGAAGUCCUGGAUGACUGCUCUACUAAUUGCAAUGGGAAUGGAGAAUGCAUCUCGGGGCACUGCCACUGUUUCCCAGGAUUCCUUGGUCCUGAUUGUGCAAAAGAUUCCUGUCCAGUGCUGUGCAGCGGAAAUGGAGAAUAUGAGAAAGGUCACUGUGUGUGUCGAAAUGGGUGGAAAGGACCCGAGUGUGAUGUUCCAGAAGAACAGUGCCUUGAUCCAACCUGCUUUGGCCAUGGUACUUGUAUCAUGGGCAUUUGCAUCUGUGUCCCUGGAUACAAAGGAGAGAUUUGUGAGGAAGAGGACUGCUUGGAUCCUAUGUGCUCCAGCCAUGGUGUGUGCGUUCAAGGGGAAUGUCACUGCUCCACAGGCUGGGGCGGUGUGAACUGUGAGACAUCCCUUCCUGUGUGCCAGGAGCAAUGCUCAGGGCAUGGGACAUUCCUCCUGGAUGCGGGAAUCUGCAGCUGUGAACCGCAGUGGACAGGUUCAGACUGUUCCACAGAGCUGUGUACCCUGGACUGUGGCACCCACGGUGUCUGUUCAAGAGGGAUAUGCCAGUGUGAAGAGGGCUGGGUUGGACCAACCUGUGAAGAACGUACCUGCCACUCUCACUGUGCAGAACACGGCCAGUGCCAGGAUGGGAAGUGCGAGUGCAGCCCUGGAUGGGAAGGGGACCACUGCACCAUUGAUGGCUGCCCAGGUCUCUGUUACGGAAAUGGGAGGUGCACUCUUGAUCAGAAUGGAUGGCACUGCGUUUGUCAAGUAGGCUGGAGUGGCUCAGGAUGUAACGUUGUCAUGGAAAUGGUGUGUGGAGAUAACCUGGACAAUGAUGGAGAUGGCUUGACAGACUGCGUAGACCCUGACUGUUGUCAGCAAAGCAAUUGCUACGCAAGUCCUCUGUGCCAGGGUUCACCUGAUCCCCUUGACCUUAUUCAGCACAGCCAACCACCUUUCUCCCAGCAUCCUCCAAGGCUCUUUUAUGAUCGAAUACGAUUCCUUAUUGGGAAGGAAAGCACUCAUGUCAUCCCAGGAGAUGUCUCAUUUGAGAGCAGACGGGCGUGUGUCAUUCGAGGCCAGGUGGUAGCAAUAGAUGGAACACCUUUGGUUGGAGUGAAUGUCAGUUUUCUACACCACAGCGAGUAUGGAUACACCAUCAGCCGACAAGAUGGAAGUUUCGACCUUGUGGCUGUUGGAGGCAUCUCUGUCACUCUAGUUUUUGACAGAUCUCCUUUCAUAUCUGAAAAAAGGACACUUUGGUUGCCUUGGAAUAGAUUUAUCAUCGUAGACAAAGUCGUAAUGCAAAGAACAGAGUCAGACACACCAUCUUGUGACAUCAGUAGUUUUAUCAGCCCCAAUCCGAUUGUGCUCCCUUCACCCUUGACAGCAUUUGGAGGGUCCUGUCCUGACAGAGGAACCAUUAUUCCAGAGCUACAGGUGGUCCAAGAGGAAAUCCCAAUUCCUUCAAGUUUUGUGAAGUUGAGUUAUCUCAGCAGUCGAACACCAGGGUAUAAAACAUUGCUGCGCAUUAUUUUGACACACACAACCAUCCCUCCUGGAAUGACAAAAGUCCACCUGAUAGUUGCCAUUGAAGGACGUCUGCUUCAAAAAUGGUUUCCUGCUGCAGCCAAUUUGGUAUACACGUUUGCCUGGAAUAAGACAGAUAUAUAUGGACAGAAGGUUUCUGGUCUAGCUGAGGCAAUGGUGUCUGUGGGAUAUGAAUAUGAAACAUGUCCUGAUUUUAUUCUGUGGGAGAAGAGAACAGUAAUCCUUCAAGGCUUUGAAAUGGAUGCUUCAAAUCUGGGAGGCUGGUCUAUAAACAAACACCAUGUAUUAAAUCCACAAAGUGGAAUAGUACACAAAGGAAAUGGUGAAAACAUGUUCAUUUCCCAGCAGCCACCAGUCAUCUCAACUGUGAUGGGCAACGGACACCAAAGAAGCGUCUCUUGUUCCAACUGCAACGGUCUUGCACUCAACAGCAAACUCUUUGCCCCAGUUGCUCUUGCUUCUGGGCCUGAUGGUAGCGUGUAUAUUGGUGACUUCAAUUUUGUCAGACGGAUCUUUCCCUCUGGAAACUCGAUUGGCAUAUUAGAAUUAAGGAAUAGAGACACAAGACACAGUACAAGCCCUGCACAUAAAUACUACUUGGCUGUUGAUCCAGUCUCAGAAUCCCUUUACCUGUCAGAUACCAACACCAGAAAAGUCUACAAAGCAAAAUCUCUUGUUGAAACAAAGGAUCUGCCCAAAAACGCAGAUGUGGUGGCAGGAACAGGUGAUCAGUGCCUUCCAUUUGACCAGAGCCACUGUGGAGAUGGCGGAAAGGCAUCCGAGGCCUCUCUCAACAGUCCAAGAGGUAUCACUGUAGAUAAGCAUGGCUUUAUUUACUUUGUUGACGGAACCAUGAUUCGGAAAAUUGAUGAGAACGGUGUGAUCACAACAAUAAUAGGUUCGAACGGCCUCACAUCAACCCAGCCAUUGAGCUGUGACUCUGGAAUGGACAUCACUCAGGUGCGAUUAGAGUGGCCAACAGACCUCACCGUGAACCCUCUAGACAACUCACUGUAUGUCCUGGACAACAACAUCGUCCUGCAGAUCUCUGAGAACAGGCGUGUGCGAAUUAUUGCUGGGCGCCCCAUUCACUGCCAGGUGCCAGGCAUCGACCACUUCAUUGUCAGCAAGGUGGCCAUCCACUCGACCCUGGAGUCAGCCAGGGCAAUCGCUGUGUCUCACAGUGGCAUACUCUACAUUGCAGAGACAGAUGAAAGAAAGAUCAACCGUAUACAACAGGUCACAACCAACGGUGAGAUCUCUGUCAUCGCCGGAGCCCCAUCAGAUUGCGACUGCAAGAUUGAUCCUAAUUGUGACUGUUUUUCAGGUGAUGGUGGCUAUGCCAAAGAUGCAAAGCUGAAAGCACCUUCUUCUCUAGCAGUCUCUCCUGAUGACACACUGUACAUAGCAGACCUUGGGAAUGUUCGCAUCCGUGCAGUCAGCCGAAACAAGGCUCACCUCAGUGACACGAACAUGUAUGAGAUCGCAUCACCAGCGGACCAAGAAUUGUAUCAGUUCACCAUCAAUGGCACCCACCUGCACACACUGAACCUCAUAACGAGGGACUACAUUUACAACUUCACCUACAGUGGGGAAGGAGAUAUUGGCACCAUCACCAGCAGCAGUGGGAACUCGGUUCACAUCCGCAGAGACACGAGCGGGCUGCCCCUGUGGAUCGUGGUGCCAGGAGGGCAGGUGUACUGGCUGACAAUAAGCAGCAAUGGGGUUCUGAAAAGAGUUUAUGCCCAAGGCUACAACUUGGCUCUGAUGACAUACCCUGGAAACACAGGGCUUUUAGCAACCAAGAGCGAUGAAAAUGGAUGGACAACAGUGUAUGAGUAUGACUCUGAUGGCCAUCUGACAAAUGCAACCUUCCCAACCGGAGAGGUCAGCAGUUUUCACAGCGAUGUUGAAAAGCUGACGCGAGUGGAACUUGAUACUUCAAACAGAGAGAAUGUGAUCACAGCCACAAACUUCUCAGCUACCUCUACAAUAUAUACUUUAAAACAAGAUAACACGCAGAAUAUCUACCGGGUCAGCCCAGAUGGGUCUCUGAGAGUCACCUUUGCCAGUGGGAUGGAAAUCACGCUCAACACGGAGCCUCAUAUUCUAGCAGGGGUUGUCAGCCCCACUUUAGGGAAGUGCAAUAUCUCCCUUCCUGGAGAGCAUAACUCAAAUCUCAUUGAGUGGAGGCAAAGGAGGGAGCAGACCAAAGGCAAUAUCUCCACGUUUGAAAGAAGGCUAAGGGCCCACAACAGAAACCUACUCUCCAUUGAUUUCGAUCAUGUAACAAGAACAGGAAAGAUUUAUGAUGAUCAUCGAAAAUUCACUCUUCGGAUUAUGUAUGACCAGACAGGACGCCCAGUUCUAUGGUCACCCAUCAGCAAGUACAAUGAGGUCAAUAUCACUUAUUCGCAUUCUGGAUUAGUCACCUAUAUCCAAAGAGGAACCUGGACUGAGAAAAUGGAGUAUGAUCCAAGUGGAAACAUAAUUUCCAGAACAUGGGCAGAUGGUAAAAUAUGGAGUUACACAUAUUUAGAAAAGUCUGUGAUGCUGCUGUUGCACAGCCAGCGCCGCUACAUCUUUGAGUACGACCAGUCGAGCUACCUGCUGUCGGUCACCAUGCCGAGCAUGGUGCGCCACACCUUGCAAACCAUGCUGUCCGUCGGGUACUACCGCAACAUCUAUACCCCUCCGGACAGUAGCGCGGCGUUCAUCCAGGACAUCGCCAGAGACGGACGGCUUCUGCAGACACUGUACCCUGGGACAGGGCGCAGGGUCCUUUACAAGUACACCAAGCAGUCCCGGCUUUCUGAGAUUCUCUAUGAUACCACUCAAGUCACGUUCACCUAUGAGGAAUCUUCUGGGGUUAUUAAAACAAUACAUUUAAUGCAUGAUGGGUUCAUCUGUACCAUCAGAUACAGGCAAACAGGUCCGCUUAUUGGCCGCCAGAUCUUCAGGUUUAGUGAAGAAGGACUUGUAAACGCCAGAUUUGACUACAGCUAUAACAACUUCCGUGUCACGAGCAUGCAGGCCAUGAUAAAUGAGACACCUCUUCCCAUAGAUCUGUACCGUUACGUCGAUGUUUCUGGCAGGACUGAACAGUUUGGAAAAUUCAGUGUCAUUAAUUACGAUUUAAACCAAGUUAUAACCACCACUGUGAUGAAACAUACCAAAAUUUUUAGUGCUAAUGGCCAGGUGAUUGAAGUACAGUAUGAAAUUCUCAAGUCUAUUGCUUACUGGAUGACCAUCCAGUAUGAUAAUAUGGGUCGUAUGGUGAUCUGUGAUAUACGCGUAGGUGUGGAUGCCAAUAUAACAAGAUACUUUUAUGAAUAUGAUGCUGAUGGUCAGCUUCAGACGGUGUCUGUGAAUGAUAAAACCCAGUGGCGCUACAGCUAUGAUCUUAAUGGCAACAUCAACUUGCUGAGCCAUGGGAACAGCGCACGCCUCACUCCUCUGAGAUACGAUCUGAGAGAUCGCAUUACCAGACUUGGAGAAAUUCAAUAUAAAAUGGAUGAAGAUGGUUUUCUCAGGCAAAGAGGCAAUGAGAUCUUUGAGUACAACUCUAACGGUCUGCUGAACAAAGCAUAUAACAAAGUGGCUGGCUGGACUGUGCAAUACUGUUACGAUGGUCUUGGAAGAAGGGUUGCAAGCAAGUCAAGCCUCGGGCAACACUUACAGUUCUUCUAUGCUGAUCUCUCCAACCCAAUAAGAGUUACUCACUUGUACAAUCAUACCAGCUCAGAAAUAACAUCCCUGUAUUAUGAUCUUCAAGGUCAUCUCAUUGCAAUGGAAUUGAGCAGUGGUGAAGAAUAUUAUGUUGCUUGUGAUAACACUGGAACACCUCUAGCUGUAUUUAGCAGUCGGGGCCAAGUCAUAAAAGAAAUACUGUACACCCCAUAUGGAGAGAUCUACCAGGACACUAAUCCAGAUUUCCAGGUUAUCAUUGGUUUUCAUGGAGGGCUCUAUGAUUCUCUUACUAAAUUAGUUCAUCUGGGCCAGCGGGACUAUGACGUCAUUGCUGGCCGAUGGACAACACCAAACCAUCACAUAUGGAAACACCUGAAUGCUGUCCCACAGCCAUUUAAUCUCUACUCAUUUGAAAAUAAUUACCCAGUCGGCAGAAUCCAAGAUGUUGCUAAGUACACAACAGACAUUGGAAGUUGGCUAGAGCUGUUUGGUUUCCAGUUGCACAAUGUACUACCUGGAUUCCCAAAACCAGAGAUAGAAGCUUUGGAGACAACAUACGAACUUCUAGAGCUUCAAACAAAAACCCAAGAGUGGGAUCCUGGGAAGACUAUCCUUGGCAUUCAGUGUGAGCUACAAAAGCAACUCCGAAACUUCAUAUCCUUGGAUCAACUUCCCAUGACACCCAGAUAUAGUGAUGGCAAGUGCUAUGAGGGAGUGAAGCAACGGAGAUUUGCAGCUGUUCCUUCAGUAUUUGGAAAAGGCAUCAAAUUUGCUAUAAAGGACGGUUUAGUGACAGCUGACAUCAUAGGUGUGGCUAACGAGGACAGCCGGCGCAUUGCUGCCAUCCUCAACAACGCUCACUACCUGGAGAACCUGCAUUUCACCAUAGAGGGCCGAGACACGCAUUACUUCAUCAAGCUGGGGUCUUUGGAAGAAGAUUUGGCUCUCAUUGGCAACACCGGAGGACGACGCAUCUUGGAGAAUGGCGUCAACGUCACGGUGUCACAGAUGACUUCUGUCAUCAAUGGGAGGACUAGACGCUUUGCUGACAUCCAGCUCCAGCACGGCGCACUCUGCUUUAACGUUAGGUAUGGAACAACAGUUGAAGAAGAAAAGAACCAUGUGUUAGAGGUAGCCAGGCAGAGAGCCGUGGCUCAGGCCUGGACUAAGGAGCAGAGACGGCUGCAGGAAGGGGAAGAAGGUAUUAGGGCAUGGACAGAUGGAGAGAAACAGCAGCUUUUAAGCACUGGGAGGGUACAAGGCUACGAUGGAUAUUUUGUUUUAUCUGUGGAGCAGUAUCUUGAACUUUCUGACAGUGCCAAUAAUAUUCACUUUAUGAGACAGAGUGAAAUAGGCAGAAGGUAACAAAGAAAAUUUCUGCCUUUGCGUCACCAAAGACUGCCUGUUUUUAAACGUAAAAUGGUUUAUUGUAUUGGUUUUUCUAGAUCAGAACUCUGUAUAUAUAAAUAUAGAGGAAAAAACAUAUCCAACUGCCUUUAAAUGUGACAGAAGAUGGUAUUUUAAUAUUGUUCAUUUAACUCUUUGAGAGAUGACAGUGACAAUUUUUAGUUCUUGUGUGGCAGUAUUCAAAACCUUCAGAAGCAGAGUCCUGACGGCCGAGCAGCGCGACCUGCGCGAGUCCCCGCAGGGUAGGGCAGAGCACAGCAUGCUCUGCCACCUGCUAAAGAAACACAGCUUUUUUGUUGUCGUUGAUUUAAUAAUUCACCAGUUAUCUAAAGGGUUACAGAGCCUCAUUCUGCAACCCUCACUCACUGGGUAGUUUGUAUCCCAGUGAGAUCUCCCAGAAGUUCAAGGGAUUGCAUACAGAAACCAGACUGUGUAUGGGAACUUUGUAGUUGCUCACCGACCCCACAUAUGUCAUUCCUCGCAGCUAUGAUCUAAGGGGUUUUCUAUUCUGAGAAACCCAACUUGUAUUGGAUACAGUACGCAAAAGGCUGUUCCAUAUGGCCUUCAGCUUUGCCACCUCUCAGUGAUGAAUGCCACCUUGUGUCUCCUUUUGCAUGUGGGGGCCUCUCGCCCAAGGUUUCCCUUGGUUAUGCUGGAGUCUGGCAGCACAUGUGGAGCUGCUGAUCUUCCUGAAAGAGAGGUGCAGGGUGGCAGCGUCCUGAUGGGCUUCAGAGGGGUGUGAGGGGUGGCCAAAGAAGAGCUUUGAGAGCACUGCAGUCCAUUGGAGUCUCUCCACUGAUAUCAGAGUGCUCCAGAGUGGGCUUCAACUCAGCGCUUUCAGGACAACCCUCUUUGUCCAGCUGGGAGGGCCCACACAGUGCAGUAAGGACAAGCCAUGCAGGAUCAGUCCUGUCUGUAGUCAUUGGGCCAGGACUCAUCUUUUCACAGAUCGUUUGGAAAUUGCAGUGUUGUUGGGUUUAGGCAUCUUGUUCUUUUCAUCUCAAAUUAAUAGUCCUGUUGUAUUACUCAUUUUUUCAAGUCUGAAGAAGAUUGGUGGGUUGGGAGUUGGUGAACCUAAGUGUGGAUAGUGAAUAUGUUGAUAAACGUAGAGUCAUUUUGGGCAUGACUCUUCACUUUUCAGCUCAAUAUCUAGAGCACAUAGAAAAGCAUUAUAUUGCAUGGAGAGAAAUUUUUAUUUCCCAAGGUAUCAUGCGCUGCUGGCACAGUUAUUUCAUAGCAGAGUAGGUGAUCCUUCCUUCAGCUUGUCAUUUCUGAAAGACCUGAUUAUUGGGGAGGUGGGGAGGGCACACAGGGCGGGAGGGACGGGCAAGCAGAUUUCCUUUACUGACUUUCAGAUGGAGCUAGAAGUCUUGUAAUAGAGCCUGUGUAUCCGUAACAGUGAUGUUAUUGCACAUUUCUUUCAAACAGACAUAGUAAAUAUGUUGAAACAAUUUUUACUCAUAUUUACUGAAGCCAACAAAGUGCUUUCUUUGUCUUUCUUCCCUUCUUUCCAGUUUUCUUUUUUUUUCUCCCCUUGUUUUUGGGCAAGUGGAGCAGACUGCACCAAAGUUAGAGAUGAGCCUGAACGGGCACCUGAGACCUGACCCCCCUGCAGGGGUUUGAACUCCGGUCUCACCCCAUUAGCAUCUCUUUCCAGACUCCUUCCGCUCCCCAGCCAGGGGGAACUUUGGACCAAAAUCUGCACAUCCACAUUUUGAUCAGGCUCAUCAUUAACUAAUGGACAGAAUUGGGAGCUGGCAACAUCUGGGUUUGACAGCUCUGAUUUCUGUAAUUUUUCAUACAAUCACAGAGAAUUUGAAUACCUCCACACCAGCCUAAAAACAGACCUUCAAAUCCUUGAGCCUCUAAUAUGCUUUUAAUCAACGGAAGAAUAAUUUAUGAAUUGUAUAUAGAGAGUGCAUUCAUAAACGUGAUGAUGUAUUUUAUCACUGAUCCAAGAUGUCAAUAUUAGAGUCUAUUUUACUUAUAUUUUAAGCAAUUAUACUUUUUUGCAAUUCACUAAUGAGGAUCAUUUUCAAACUGCUUUAAAUACCCCUUAUGAACAAAUAUUGGAAGCUAUUAGAAUUACCUUGAACUGUGCAUUUCUAGUAUGUAAUACAUAUUUAGUUAGUUGUGCCUUUAGUUUCUUAAAGUUAUAUUUGUAUUAUAUGCAGAAAAUGCACUUUGUAUUACUACAGCUGUGUGUUUUAAUACUGCCUUGAUUACUGUUGUUCUCAUAUUAUGCCAAAAGGUCGAAGAGUGAAAUGUGUUACAAGUUUGUCAAUGAACGUACAUCUGGCAUUUUCCCAGUUCCUGGGUACAGUCUAAGGUACAUUUUUGAACAAUAUUUCUUGUAAGAAUAUGGUUGUAUAAAGAAUCACAAGACAUUACAUGGCCCAGUUAUAGAAGAAAAAAAUAAAUACCUUCAUCAUAACAGUUUCAGACAUUUAGGAAACGAAAUAUAAAUGUUGUGUUGAGAUGACAGUGCUAAAGAAAUGAGUGAUUACUGAAAAAGCACUGGAGACUGAAGUAGCUGCACAUGGGCCAACCAGCAGUGAUGUGUGAAAACUAAGCAAACAAAUAGCUUUGGGCCACCUUGUUCACGAACAACCUCAGAUGGAGGCAGGGAUAUUUCAGUAUCCUUGGUGUUUUUUUUCUUUUCCCCUACUGGUCAGACUGAUUUGU